AUGGCCGCCUCUGCAAUGCUCAAGAGCCGGGUGCGCCGGCCCUCGUACCUCUCCAGACUCGCCAAAGCAGAAGACCUGAUCGAUCUCUUCCCGCACAACUCGUACAUCGGCUGGUCCGGAUUCACGGGUGUUGGCUACCCCAAGAAGGUGCCCACCGCUCUCGCCGAGCAUGUCGAGAAGAACAACCUGCAAGGAAAGCUCAAGUACAACUUGUUCGUGGGAGCGUCGAGUGGAGCAGAGACGGAGAACAGAUGGGCCAGGAAUAAUAUGAUCGAGAGGAGAGCGCCGCAUCAAGUGGGCAAGGAGAUCGCCAGAGGCAUCAACAAUGGGAACAUCAACUUUUUCGACAAGCACCUGUCCAUGUUCCCGGUGGAUCUGAUGUACGGCUUCUACACCAAGCACAAGGAGAACAAUCGGCUGGACGUGGCUGUGGUGGAAGCGAGCGCUAUCACAGAAGACGGGGGCAUUAUUCCUGGAGCCAGCGUGGGCGCCAGUCCAGAGAUCAUUCAGAUGGCGGACAAGAUCGUGAUUGAAGUCAACACGGCGGCGCCCAGCUUCGAGGGACUGCACGACAUCACCAUGACAGACCUCCCACCGCGCAGGAAGCCGUAUCUUGUCAUGUCGCCCGAAGACAGGAUUGGAACACCUUACAUCCCCGUCGACCCCGAGCGAGUGGUGGCUGUGGUGGAAAGCGACUAUCCCGACCAAACGCAGCCAAAUGCACCCGAAGACGACAACUCCAAGGCCAUCGCUUCCCACCUCAUCGAAUUCCUCAAACACGAAGUCUCCCACGGCCGUCUCCCCGAGAACCUCCUCCCGAUCCAGUCUGGUAUCGGCAACAUCGCCAACGCCGUCAUUGGCGGCCUGUCUCACGGCGGCGCCAACUUCAAGAACCUCAAGGUGUGGACAGAAGUGCUGCAGGACUCCUUCCUCGACCUCUUUGACAGCGGCAACCUCGACUUCGCAACGGCCACCUCGAUCCGCUUCUCGCCCGACGGGUUCCACCGCUUCUACGAACGCUACGCCGACUACGCCCCGAAACUGCUCCUCCGCUCGCAGCAGGUCUCCAACUCGCCCGAGAUCAUCCGCCGGCUGGGGGUGAUUGGCAUGAACACGCCCGUCGAGGUGGACAUUUACGCCCACGCCAACUCGACCUGCGUCAUGGGCUCGCGCAUGCUCAAUGGCCUGGGUGGUAGCGCCGACUUCCUCCGAUCCUCGAAAUACUCCAUCAUGCACACACCUUCCACGCGCCCUUCGAAGACGGAUCCACACGGCGUCAGCUGCAUCGUCCCCAUGUGCACUCACGUCGACCAGACCGAGCACGAUUUGGAUGUGGUGGUGACGGAGCAAGGAUUCGCCGAUGUGAGAGGCAUGUCGCCGAAAGAAAGAGCCAGGGAAAUUAUCAAGAAGUGCGCGCAUCCAGAGUACUAUCCGAUCUUGAAGGAUUACUUUGACAAAGCGGAGUUUGAGUGCUUGAAGAAGGGAUGGGGACACGAGCCGCACUUGCUGUGGAAUGCAUUCGACAUGCACAAGCAUUUGAAUGAGCAUGGAACGAUGAAGAUCCCUACAUGGGGAUGA